AAGUGUUUACAAGGCGCCGGUCCAAAGAAAAAUAUGUCCGCUCUCUUGACAUGCAAUGUUACGAAUAUUCGGAAUGUUUUCUCUCCGACAGCUUUAUAUCAGAAGAAAAAGAUCAAUGUGACACUAUUCUUUCGUGUUUUGAGUAGCAAAGAUGAAACGGGCGCGAAGAAAAGUGGUCCUAAAUACAAGGAUUCAUUACUACUUCCUAAAACAGAAUUCCCCCUUUGGUUAGACUCUCGGCAUAGGGCGAAACACGACUCCGAUAUUUUGAAAAAAUGUGGUUUCUCAAGUCUUUACAACUGGCAAAGAGAGAAUUUGACUGAAGAAGAAUUCGUUCUUCAUGAUGGUCCUCCAUACGCCAACGGUGCUCCUCAUGUGGGCCAUGCAGUCAAUAAGAUUUUAAAGGACAUUAUUAUGCGCAAUGAAUUACUUAAAGGACAGCGUAUACAUUUUGUACCAGGCUGGGACUGUCAUGGGCUACCUAUUGAACUAAAAGCUUUGUCAGCAUCCAAGUCUGAGGACACACUGUCACCUCUAGAAAUUCGACUUAAAGCUCGUAAAUUUGCAACUGAUGCUAUUGAAACACAGAGGAAUGUAUUUCGCUCUUGGGGAAUUUUAGGAGACUGGGAAAAUAACUGUUAUUUCACAUAUGAUAAGAGCUAUGUUAAAAACCAAUUACAAAGUUUUUAUUCCCUUUUUGAAAAGGGUUUUGUAUACAGAGACAUGAAACCCAUUUAUUGGUCUCCCUCCUCAAGAACUGCAUUAGCUGAAGCAGAACUUCAGUACAAGGAAAACCAUGUAAGCACAUGCGUCACCUUACGAGUGAAAUUAUUAACAAAACCAUUUAAUGUGGAACUAGAAGGUCCUCUAUACGCAUUGGUGUGGACUACAACACCAUGGACCUUGCCAGCAAAUGAAGCAGUUACAUACAAAUCAGACAUUGAGUACAGUAUAGUCAAAAUUGAAACUUUUGAUGGACAUUAUAUUGUGGCCACAAAACUAGUUCCUGAUUUGGAGGCAAAUCUUUCAAAGCAGGUGACAAUCAUGCAAAAUAUUCUUGGAAAAAGUUUGAAGAGGGUCACGUACAUUCAUCCUCUGUAUAAGGAAGAAGUCCAUCGUUUUUUUCAUGCAGAUCAUGUCACGGAUGAGAAAGGCACGGGACUUGUCCAUUGUGCUCCAUCUCAUGGACGUGAAGAUUAUAUUGUUGCUGUUGAAAAUAAGCUAAAACUGGUAUCACUAGUUGAUAAGGAAGGAAAUUACGAUGAAAUGGCUGGAGCUGACCUUGUUGGAAAAAAUAUUAUGGGGGAUGGAGCAGAGGCAGUCCAGGAAAUGUUGAAGACCGAUAUCAUUCAUACUUCAAAACUGGUGCAUAGUUACCCAUACGACUGGAGAACUAAUAAGCCAGUUUUCUUACUAGCAAGUGAACAGUGGUUUUUUGAUUGUUCUGCAGUGAAAGAUACUGCUAUGGAAAUGCUGAAUACCAUAGCUUAUGCUCCUGAUGACAGCCAUAGUCAUGCUAUAAAAAAGCUAGUUAAAGAAAGACCAUUUUGGUGCAUUUCAAGACAGAGAGCAUGGGGAGUUCCAAUUCCCAUUCUUUUUAAAAGAGAUUGCAAAGAUCCCAUUGUUUCAGAGAAAUUGAUUGGGCAUUACUGUGACCUUAUUGAUAAGCAUGGUACUGACUUUUGGUGGAUGCUGCCAAUUGAAGAAAUUUUACCCUCUCAUCUAGCCACUGAAAUGAAUAUUGAUCAAUCUGAAGUUGACCGUUGUCAUGAUAUCUUAGAUAUUUGGUUUGAUAGUGGGCUGUCAUGGUCUGCAGUAUUGGGAGGUCGUACAGCAAAUGUGUGCCUUGAAGGCAGUGACCAAUUGACAGGGUGGUUCCAGUCAUCUUUGCUAACUUCUGUGGCUCUGUGUGGAAAAGCCCCAUUUCAGAAAAUAUUUACACAUGGAUUUGUUGUCGAUGAAAAUGGACAAAAAAUGUCAAAGUCUUUAGGGAAUGUCAUAGAUCCUCACAUAAUAACAAAUGGAGGAAAAAACCUUCAAAAGGACCCAGCCUUUGGUGUUGAUACAUUAAGGUGGUGGGUAGCGGCUCACAGUAUUCAGCAUGCAAAUAUUCCAAUAGGUAUUAGUUUGAUCAAGUCAUCAUCAGAUUCUCUUAAAAAGAUACGGGGCACUAUAAAAUAUGCCUUAGGAGCUCUCCAUGAUUUUCCUCCUCGACUUCUAGAAAGUACAACAGACCAGAAAAUGUUCAUGUUGGAUAUAUACAUGCUUCAUGCUCUAACUGAUUUCAGAAGAGUGGUUAAGAAACACUAUUUGAAUCAUCAUUACAAUCAUGUAUGCAUAGCUAUCAAUAAUUUUGUUGUCAAUGAUAUUUCCAGUUUGUACUUCACUCUUACCAAAGAUAGGCUAUACUGUGAUGAAAAAGAAUCAGAAAGACGACGGGCAUGUCAGACUGUUAUAUAUUAUGUGCUGGAAACUUUAUUGGAGGUGAUUGCUCCUAUAGCUCCAUUAUUAGUGGAAGAAGCAUAUCUGUACCAUCCUCUACAUUCAGAUAAACGCUUUUUUGAAUAUCGGUCCAAGAAUUCCUUACAAUAUUUCAAGACAUGGCACAGCACAUUUUCUGAUGGGAGCAUCAAAUCUGCUCUUGAAAUAAAAAACAUUAUUAACAAGCUUUCUGAGGGAAAGAGCACAUGGGGUUUCACUGCUAUUGUACGAGGUUCUCCAAUUGAUAUAGAUCUGCUUAAGCCUCUAGUGGUGGAUGAUCCAGGUACUUUAGCGCAACUUACAGAAAUACUACAAGUUGGUUCAGUUAUGUUAAAAUCAGUAAAUGAAAAUGAAUCAAAGUCUUUGGAAAGAAGAUUUGACGUUGAGUUACAACCUCUUCCCUCGUCUGUGUGUGCGCGAUGCCGCCGGUACAGUGCUUUGGAGCAUUCGGAUAUUUGUACAAGGUGUAUGGAAGUAUUGGAUUCAUCUUUGAAUGCUCUUAAACACUCAUUUCACUGAGAUUUCAGAAGAAAGGAUAUUGAAUUAAUAAACAUAGUACAACAAUCUAACAA